AUGCAAAGUCUCCAGCCAAAGCUGUACGACGGCGAGCAGCUGGACGAAGUCGCCGGCUUCCCCACGCUGUAUAACUUCUUCGCAGGCGAUCCGCAGAAGCCACUGGUCGUAUUCAUUCCUGGCAAUGUGCAUAACGCUCGGGUCGCAUACGGUGGGCACCAGGGCUAUGAACCAAGGGAUUUUCUGGCGUACUGGCUGAACAGCCAUGGCCACGGCCUGUUGGCGAUUUCAUAUCCCCUGGAGAGCGAGCCCACAAUCAUGCCGGCGACUGCGCCGCAUUUCCGGACCCGCGACUGGGGGAAGCAAGCCGCAGAGGUCACGCAUAGAAUUAUUAAACAGCACGGCCUCUCCAAUCAGGUGGUGCUUACAGCAUGGAGCAUGGGCGGCAGGAUAGUGAUGCCGUUCAGUGCGGCGGCGCAGUCCCUUGGAAUCGACGUGGUCUUGUUUGUGCCUCUCGCGGCCACCCCGGGCAUCUAUGGCUUACGACCCCCUAAGCGAGAGACUAAUAGCACGGCGGCUGGCUACGCAGAGCUGUCAAAUGUGCUCGGAUCAUUUGCUAGACAGGUGCAAGAACAAGGACAACUAUGGAAUGGCGGACGAGUCAUCGUGCCUGAUGAGAUUUACUUGAGCGAAUAUUGCGGAGCCACGCCCGUGAGUUUAUCGGGAUGUCACCUGAGCUAUGACAGCGAUAGUCGCGGUUUCGUGCAAGAUGACUUGACGUCAACGGAGGAUGCAGCUGUGGACCAGGUCCAGCAUUGUCCCAUGAUUGUUGCAUUAACAGGGAACAGUCCCCUAGACGCCCGGCAUGUCUUUACCGACCAGGCGACGUGGAGCUUUGUGUUGACGCGCAAAUUGAUGCACGAGAUUGAAGAUCACGGCUUAAACAAGAUUGUGGGGAAUGGCACCUGGGAUAAGUUGAUUGAGAUGGUGCAUUCUGUGCCGACACACAUAUCGUAUUCUAUUCCUGGUAACCAUUUCUUCUUCCUCGGCGAGUUUGGCGCUCGCGAGACAGCAGCAGCUAUCGUGAAGUACCUGGAGAAUGCCAGUGCAUUCAGACGUGAUUUCGAGUCCUUGUUGAGGGGAGAAGCUUACAUCUCGGACACUUCCAACGUUUCUGUGGCCUCGCCUCUGUCUUCUGCUCAACCUCAAUCCGGGAAUGGCACCGAGAUGAUUGCGAGUUCAAGUUCCAACACACAAGAGGCAUCCCCCGAAGACAAUUCGCAUGCUUCCAGACCGGCUACAGGAGAUUUAAACCUAGAGAGCGCCUACCAAACCGUUAGCAGCUCCAAGCCAGCUACACAGAGCACUGGAACCUGGCUCGUCGAAAAUCUGAAAGCCAGCGGAACCCCCAAACGAGUGAGUGGUGACGCCAUUAUGCCCGAAGGAAUCUUCUCCAACACAAAUUCAGCUACUCAGAAAUUGUUGGCCUCGCUUCUUGAAGAAGAAUGCUUUUCCGAGCUUCCUUCCGAGCAACCUCUUUCCAAACUCCUGACUUAUUACGCAGAGGAAGUAUAUCCUGUAUUCCCAAUCGUCAACAUCAAGUCGUUCGAGACCGAUAUUGACCGCAACUCCAAAAUCUUACUUUCACAAGCUAUGUGUUUGAUUGCCUCAAUGAGCCCUCAGUGUACAGAGUUUUUAUAUCUCCGCGGCAGGGAUGAUUUACUACUGGACCCUCGAUUAUUCGCAAACCGUCUCUUCUGCGCCAUGCGCUGUGUCAUUGAUGUUGGCACGAUAACAAAUAAAAUGGUGCAGCUCCAGGCGUUGGGUGCAUUAUCACUUUACAGCGAAGGCCAGGAAGGCCCUACAUUAGCGGCACAGUUUUGUGCCAAGAUGAUACAGCUUGUCCAAACACUUGGCCUUCAUGUUCAGAUGGAGAAUAAGCAUGAAGAGGAGCAUGCGGUGACUGCUCUCUGUUGUGCCUGGGCUAUAGACCGAAUGAACGCAGCAAUCCAUGGGCGGCCGGUCUCGAUGCACGAACGAGAUAUAGGCAGAGACUUUAAUGAGUGCAUCGAAGCUCAGAGUCCUGCUUUCAGACUACUAUUAAGAGUCGUUUCUCAACUCAACCAAGUCAUAGACUUGUAUCGUCCGCAGAAGAACACGAAGCCCGCAGAGACUGAAUUUAUCUGUCCUCGGUUUGAGGAUCUUGUGAUAUCGGCCCAUGGUGCUAACCUGGAGGAUAAGUUCCUCAAUACAAUUGAGGUGCUGUACCUUGCAGUUGUUAUUGUCUCAUGCCGAAACAGAGAGAAGCCGACACAUAAUCGCGCACGACAGCUUCUUGCAGCGUCCAGAAUCACCUCUCUUGUACGACAGGAAUACGGAAAUGAGCUCAUGAUAUUCUCAUUUGUCCCAUAUGCUGUAUCGCUAUCACUCAGUAUUUACUACAAGCAGAUGCGGUACAACAAGGUACCAUUGUACCGACAACGUGCACGAUCAGAGCUGCAAUCGACCUGUGAUCUACUAGACCAACUAUCAGAACACUUUUACAUCUCUUACAUGAUGGCCAAAGUUGGGCGAGCAACAUUAGCAGAAAUGGAUCGAGCCCAAGACAGGAAGAAUCUCACCGAGGUUUCUCCAAACAUGUCUUCGCAGCCACCGCCAUAUUCUGAAAUCAAUCAACCUUAUGACCCCGAAGUGAGCUGUAGUGCUGUCGACAAUGGUGUCGCGAACUCAGGGUACGUUGAUAUAUUUGAUUUGUUCGAUGCUCGUUUCGAAUUGCAGGGUGUCGAUGCCGUUUUCCAGAGUGGUCUUGAUUUGCGCAUGCCGAGAUUUCCCUCGCCUUAUAUCGAUCGCCUAAUCAUACCACGCAAGUAA